GAGGCCAUGACCAGGACUCAGAUAACUCUGAUAAAAGUUCUGCAGACUUAUCUAGCGUCGAAGAAGACAGAGAGGAUCUCUUAGAAGAACUUAACAAUGAACUUGCAGGUUUGGCGCCUCAGGCCAACACGACCAGGAAAAGGGCAGCCGACCCGACAGCCACAAGGCCUAAAGAGAAAAGGAAAUCCGUGGAGGUGUUAUCUCGACCUCUGAGAGCCCCAAGUCCUCCUACCAAUAGGACUAACAGGAUUCCUUCAAAACCAGCAACUAGAUCCAUGCCAAGAAUCCCCAGGAAUACGCCGAGAGCCCCUCCACAAUCCGAAUCCGAUGGAGAUGACUCCAAUUUCUCCAUGCUAGAGGACACGCUUCCUGAAGAUGCAAGGAUGUUAGAGCAUAAAAAGAAGAAAAUCAACUCAAUGACUUGGGAAGGGGUUAUGAAACUGGUGGAGCUUAGACGGAAAAGUGCUCUAUUCAACGAUAGCCAAAACCAUUUUUCUAAAGACCAACCUCCGAAACCCAAAAUUUUCCCAGAGCAAACCGACGAUGGAAUGAAAACCCUCCAUGAUGCGCGUUUCCUCCGAUGCCCACUGGCGGAGCCGGAAACCUGGUGGAAGAAAGUCCCUACUUCAAGACCACACCUGUUUAAAAACAUACCCCUGUCUUUCAUGGGCGCUCAAAACAAAAUUGCGGACAAGACGAUUGGAUGCAUGCACGACAGAGCAAAACCCCUAACUCUGAAGAACUUCUCAUCUCAGAACGCCUGCGUGUCCUCGAAACCUAUGAAAAGGAUAGAGCGCAAAGGAGCUGAAGGCUUAGAAAUGAUAUACGACUAUGCCUGGGAAGAUCCUUCCAGCAUGUCCGAGGUCACCGAAUCCUUGCUAAACUACUCCACCGUGCUCCAGCAGCUGUGGCCAUACGAUCCAACAGCCUUAAUCAUGCUGCGUCUGAUUAACAAAUAUAAGUGGAUAAAUGUGUCAACUGACAUGAAGGAAAAGAUUUCCGUCAUCACCAUGUUCUUCAACUCAGUACUGCAGGACAACGCAGGGAGGUCAGUAAGAGGAGAGACAGUCUUAAACUGUAAAGAACAGGAAGAGAUGCUCAAGACAGCACUGAUUGCUCACAACCUCCAAAGCUCAGUUCCAACCUCGAGGCCAAGGGCCGACACAGAGUCAAGAAACAGAACCAGAUUUAAUCAACCUGCCCAGAACCAGCAUUUCAAUACUGGGAAUUUUAAGAACGGAGGAAGAAAGAAAAAUUUCUCCGCUAACUCCAGCGGACAGUUUUCCUCUAGUAGUCAAAGCAGACCAAGGGCUUCAUUCAACAACCUCUCUGUGUGCUAUAGUUAUAACAGUGAAAACUGUAAGAACCCACCCUCUUCUGCUGGUUGCAAGAAUGGUUCCAGAGAGUUGGCGCAUGUUUGCAACGUUUGGAUGAGCAACCAAAAUGCCUAUUGCCUAGCCUCUCAUCCCCGAACCAAACACUAAUGUUUGGGACCGUAGAGGAUGCCGCCUGGUCGUAUGCUAAGUCAGAGACAGAUUCCCUUGAAUUUAUUCGCUUAAUUGGAACCAAAUGCUAUCUGAGGCCUACUGGAUGAUAGCUCUUAUUUAUCGUAUUUAGUAAACAGAUUUAUUUAAUGUUGCUUUUAAAUUAAACCCCACUUGAUGAUAGUUAUUAUCAAAUGUACUUAAUAAACAGAUUUUAUCCAAAGUUGUUUAAAUUAAACCCUGUCUAAUGCUUGAUGCUGGUUCAUUGCUAUCAAAUGUAAUAAAUUGAUUUAUUUCAA